UACCCGGCGUGCGCCGGCGUAGCAACAGUUGACAGAGAGCAAUCGUGAAUUCAAUUGCGAGUUGUGCGAGAGCAAAUUGAAGCUUCUAGACAUUCUAGACUAUCUCAUCUGCCAAUUUUAUUCGAGAUUUUUCGUUUGAAUCGGAAGAAAAAGCAACUGCAGCUUCAACAUGUCCCUGGUACCGUUGCUCUUCUCCGACUGGUGGGAGGACCUGGAAUAUCCUCAUCGGCUUUCCGAUCAACAUUUUGGCCUUGGCAUCCGCCCCGAUCAACUGGCGAAUCCAAACAUUCUGGAACGAUUCGCGCCGCAACGUGACCGACGUCUAAGAACGACACCUUUAAUUUACUAUCGACCCUGGGGCGAGUUGUUGCGCAAUAGCAACGAAGGCGGCACGUCUACCGUAAAGGCCGACAAAGACAAAUUCCAGGUAAUUCUGGACGUACAGCAAUUCAAGCCGGACGAGAUCAAUGUCAAGGUCGUGGACAAGUGCGUGAUAGUCGAGGCCAAGCACGAGGAGAAGCAGGAUGAGCAUGGCUGGAUCUCACGGCAGUUCGUACGCAAGUACAUGAUACCUGAACAAUGUAACAUUGACGAAGUGUCAUCGAGCUUGUCGUCGGACGGCGUGCUGACCAUCACCGCGCCCAGGAAGAACAAGCAGGAGGCAAACAACGAGCGCUCGAUCAAGAUCGAGCAUACUGGCAAGCCGGCGAUCCAGGAGAAGGCAUCGGAGAAGAAGGAGCAGAAGAAGAAGGGUUAAAGAUAGACAUUUUAUGAAAAUAUUCCUGUUAUAAUUCAUAUAAUGUGUUGUGUAUCUAUGAAAGAUCGUUCUUAUGUGUACACUUUAUGUUUGUGUGAUUUAAAUUUUAUUUUUAUUUUUUUGUUUGAUAUAAAGCAUUGCUUAAAGCAUUGACGUUUGCUUUUCUUUUCAUUUUUAUUUUUGUAAGAUAACAAAUUGAUCGAAUAAAAAUAAUUCAAUUGAGCU